UGACAGUAGACUGUGUUUUCUGACAUUGGCAGAUUUCUUUGGUGAUAGUUUUGGUUUUUUGAAAAUGAAUAUAUCUCGAUGAAGUAAAAUAUUAUUUUACACUAAAGACAACAUUAUUCAAAAAGUCUUUAGUAAAUUCCCCAUCCCAAAGUCUUUAAUAUUGGGGAAUCCCCUUAAUCUGUAUCAUAAGUAUUUUAUCAUUUGCAUUUGUUAGUAUUAAGAGUAAUCCUUAUAAUUUACUUUGCCUUAAACAUAGUGAUUAUAUUCACUUUGAUUCUAAUUCAGUUUUUCAUAAGAAAUUAAUUACUUGACAUAAAAGUUAAAAAUGGGAGACAAUUUCCAAAACAACAAACCAAUGGCGCCGGUAAUGAUGGACUAUGAUUUUAAAAUAAAAACACAGAACGAGAGAUCCAAAGUGGAAGAUUUGUUCGACUACGAAGGUUGUAAGGUUGGCCGGGGUACUUACGGCCAUGUGUACAAGGCGAGGAGAAAAGAUGGCUCUGAUACAAAAGAUUAUGCUUUAAAACAAAUAGAAGGAACUGGUCUUUCGAUGUCCGCAUGUAGAGAAAUAGCAUUACUAAGAGAGCUCAAACAUCCCAAUGUGAUAAAUCUAAUAAGAGUAUUUCUCUCUCAUACGGACCGUAAAGUCUGGCUGCUUUUUGACUAUGCGGAACACGAUUUGUGGCAUAUAAUUAAGUUCCACAGAGCUGCAAAGGCCAACAAGAAAUCCGUGAUGGUACCAAAAGGAAUGGUCAAGAGUCUUCUCUAUCAGAUAUUGGAUGGGAUUCAUUAUUUGCAUUCAAAUUGGGUUUUGCAUAGAGAUUUGAAACCUGCAAAUAUCCUUGUAAUGGGUGAAGGUCCAGAACGAGGAAGAGUCAAAAUAGCUGACAUGGGAUUUGCAAGACUGUUUAAUGCUCCACUGAAACCACUGGCUGAUUUGGACCCAGUGGUGGUCACAUUCUGGUACAGGGCACCAGAACUGCUCCUUGGUGCUAGGCAUUACACUAAAGCUAUUGAUAUCUGGGCAAUAGGUUGCAUAUUUGCUGAAUUAUUAACCUCUGAACCAAUAUUCCAUUGUCGUCAAGAGGAUAUAAAGACAAGCAACCCAUAUCAUCAUGACCAGUUGGACAGGAUAUUUAAUGUCAUGGGAUUCCCUCAAGAGAAAGAUUGGGAAGACAUCAGAAAGAUGCCGGAGCAUGCAACCUUGGUUAAAGAUUUUAAGAGAUCUAAUUACCAGAAUUGUUCACUCAGUAAAUACAUGGACAGACAUAAAAUCAAACCAGACAGUAAAGCAUUCAGUUUGCUGCAAAGAUUGCUUCUGAUGGAUCCCAACAGAAGAAUAACGUCUGAGGAGGCAAUGCGAGAUCCUUAUUUCACUGAAGACCCACUUCCUACUCAGGACGUGUUUGCUGGCUGUCCCAUUCCUUAUCCGAAGAGAGAGUUCUUAACCGAUGACGAUCAGGAAGAUAAGAGCGACUCGAAAGCGAGACAGAACCAACAGCAACAGCCGAAUACACAACAAAAUCAAGUACAGCAAAAUAGUCACGAUCACGGCGCCAACAACGCUAAACGAAUGAGAAUGACAGGUCCGAAUCAAGGUAAUAACGCGGCAGGAGGGGGGCAACAGGAGUUCCACCAGCAACAGCAAAUGAUGUUCGGCGGGCAACAACAGGGCGGCAGUUCGCAACAACAAGGCAACUUCCAACAGAGGUUUUAAUUGAUUCUGUGUAGGAGAUUAUUGUGCAACUAGGAAGGGAUGUUUAAGGGAAUACAUAUUUUGAUUGAACCUAAUGUACCUAAUUUUAUUUUUUAUUGUUUUCAAUACAUUAUUGGGUCUCCUUAAAACUCUUUUAGCUGAAGAUCAUCAAAACCCAACAGUAAAGUUGAAAUUUCUGUAUUAUAAUCAUUAUAUUAGAGUACAUUUAUUUUUCUAAUAAGUCGGUUGUUUGAUUCUAUUGAUUUUUGAGUCUUUUCUCUUUUAAGUUCAUUUCUGCAUAGAGAAAAUACUUGGAGUUUGUCUAAUCAUGUAUUACUAUCAAAGGCCCAAAAUGAAAAUAUAGGCGGAAUAAAUAUUGUAUUGCAUUUUAUAUGUAUAGACCAUGAAUGAAGGAAAAAGAAUAAAAUUACAAAAAUAAGAAUAAAAAAUGAAUGUCAUUUAGAGUUAAAGUAAAAUAAGUGCGUAAUUUAAGAUUGAAUUUUUAUAAUUUCUGUAAAUAUUGAUAAAUUAGAAAAUAUACAAAUUAAAGUCUUUGUACGAAA